AUGGUCAACUGGAAAACAUUGGGAGGUUCUGUCGUCGUCUUGUCGGUGGCUGCCGAUUACAUUCUCACAAAACAUAUUUACAAAAUUGAUAAAUUAUAUGAAGAAUAUGAACACAGGGAUGGAGACAGUAAAACCAUCUUCAUGAAAGGAAACAAUGAACGAAUUCAUGGAUUACUGCAAUCCUUUGAAUCCAAGUUCGGAGAGAAAUUGGUUUUUCAAGAUCACUAUUCAACAAUCAUUGAAUUACCUCCCAAAGUCAAAGCCAACACUGACUCUCCAAAGUUAACAGCUCAACCGAAUGAAAUAUUGUUGACAGAUUCAAAUCAUUCCGAAAUGUCGUCAUCAUCACUACAAAUCAAAAACUAUGGCAACAACAACAUUGUGGACGUUUCUCAUUUAGCUCUAUCCUUCUUUACAUCUUAUUUAUUUUAUUUGGAGAGUCGAAUGCUGAAAAUUGGAGAACCUUCAUAUGGAAAUACGGAACCAGAUGAAAUCAACAAGGUGAAAUUUCAAGUAGGUGAUCAUGUCUCCAUUUUCAAAGUCAUUGAACGAACCGAUAGUGAAAUAUUGAUGAGAACACCACUUGGAACUCUGGAAUGGUUUAAAAUUUCAAAACCUCAACAAGAUGACAACAAAAUUCAAAUCAACUUUGGAAGUGGUGUGUUGAAGAAUGAGCGCUUAGCGAAGAAUCCUCUAUUUCGAGUGUCCAUGCCGUUGCAUAACUUGUUUUCGAAAUACUUGGUCAUGCAAACAAAGACGAAUUUGGAGAGGAUUAUUAAACAAAUGAAUCACAACAACAUUGGCGAUGAUUGA